CUCUUCUUUCACGAAUACUCCAUUUGGACGUGUUUGUGUCGUGGACAUUGUGUGAGACAAGUUCACGGAGUCUGAAAAUGAAUUGGGUCGGCGGUACGAGGAAGCGGCACACGAUGAAAAGCGACAGCAAAAAGCAAAGGGAGUUCUUCGAAAAGAGAAAACUGUUGCAGAAAAUGAAACAUCUGGGAAUUCCUCUGCCAGCUUCCCCAAAAAGCUCCAGUUCUAGUAGUAUGGACCUGGUGACUUUGUUUAUUGUCAACCAGAUCGCUGCCAAAAAGGAAAACCAAGAUCCACCAAAGACAACACACAUAGGUAAUUUUAAAGGAGGUGCCAGGUUCAUCAGAAAUAUGCCGCUGGAGCUCCCAAUGAGCCCGUGUUCUCCAUCUAAGCUGAGCCUGAAUGAGAGCCAGCCUUGCUGCAGGUAG